CUCUUGCGCGCCUUUGACCCAGCGCCAGACCCCUCCUAUUCAGUAGACAUCUUGUCCAAAAGGAUCGGGCUCCUUGCUUACCGGACCCCUCGCAACUUUCUCCUCAACCACCACCAUCUCCGAUUCCAGUCUACAUUCCUUGGACUACACUCAUGCCUGCCGAACAAUCACGCCCUCCAUCUGACGACCCUUCUGACGACGAACAAGCUAAUGCCAGUCAGGCCGACGCUGCAUCUAAUAGGAAAAGGAGUAGCAGAGCCUGCGACCAGUGUAGAAAGACGAAGAGUAAAUGCGAACGUGACGAUGGGGACAACGAACAGUGCAGGAGUUGUGCGGCUACUGGUGUCGCCUGCACAUAUUUAGGUCCAAGCUAUAAAAGAGGUCCCCCAAAGGGUUACAUCCAUGCCAUAGAACAACGGUGGCACCAGGUCGAAUCUGUGCUCGGCGCCAUACUUGCUUCUCCCUCUCCCGAAGUCAAGAACCUCAUACAGAAUCUACGAAAAGACAACCUCGCAAACGAUAUCCUCACCCGCGUUGAUGUCGGUCCAUUUGGACCAACAGGGCGUCAGAAUCACUCAGUCGCUGUAACGAAAGAAGACUUCUUUGCUUCUAUCCUCAACAGCGCACCGAAAGCAGUAAGAGACACGUCUCGCCCUCGACGGCAGUCUCGGGUAUCGCGUGAAAUAGUAUCAUCGAAUAAUUCAAUGCUCGUGAGUCCCACUCUCGAAUGGCAGGACCGCCUUUCGUCCCGGUACGCCAUCGUCGACCGGGUAGCGCCCGAGAACUAUGCAAGCUCGAGUCAGCACCACAUACAACACCCAUCUCCUUUUGCUCCCUAUCCGACAUCGUCCGGACCAGCUACCAGUGGACCACCAUCACAGAGACGUAAGCUAGACUCAAACGGUCCCACACAACCAGACUGGGAUCACAUGUAUACACUGGAUCAUGCCUCAGACGAGGAUAAGAGUGAGGAGUCUGAAGAGAACUCAUCGAUGCUGGGGCAAUUAUCUCUCGACGAGAACAAACAGGUUCGGCACCACGGAUUAGCCAGUGGUUUGGCCCUUCUGUAUCAAAACGAGCGUACAGACGAACGAAACGCAAGUGGGAUAUGGACAUUCCCAAUGGCUCGGAUAUGGCCACCUGCACAGAAUCAAUUCAUACCAGAGGAAAGUUUCCCCGUCGAGAUGCCUUCAAUGGAGGUACAACGACACCUCCUCGACCUCUACUUCAUAUAUGUACAUCCGAUAUACCCGGUGGUGCACAAGGCAAUGUUCUGGCGGGAAUACAAGGCUUCACACUCAUAUCCGGAUGUCGGCAUCGAGAACACUACUGGCGAUAAAUCCCCUCCGAGUAAACCUCAUAUCUCCAACCUGCUAUUGCUCUCCAUGUUCGCCAUCGCGGCACGGUACUCUGAGGAAGAAGCGCCACCGCCAUCCGGUAACAUGUGGGAAGCCGGCCUGUUUUAUAUGGUUCAGGCCCGGGAACUGUUGAAUCGGAUCUACCACUACUCCCGUCCGUCAACGUGUCAAGCCUUACUUUUGUUAGGUUUGCGAGAGAUCGGAUUGGGGUCCUCGGAGCACGGUUGGCUAUAUGUCGGAAUGGCCGUUCGCAUGGCUUACGAUCUCGGACUUCAUCGAGGCUCGGACAAGUGGAAAAUCGGUAACAAACCUCUAUUUACCCCUGAGGAGUUGCAGGCCAGGAAGCAACUCUGGUGGGCAUGCAACAGGGCGGACAAGUAUACGGCCGUGUGGAUGGGCAGACCUUCAUUGAUACCGUCAAUGAACCACGAUACGCCUCUUCCCGAGAUUGACGCAGAUGAUGAAUGGCAGCCUCAUCCCAUCGACCCCGCAUCCCACGAAUUCCCUCCAGUCCCAGGUCGUGUCAUGGCAUGCUUCCGUCAAGCCAGCGUAUUAGCCAACAUCGCCGGGGACAUCAUCGAGAACAUCUAUCCCAUCCGUCCGACGUCCAUAGCCGCCAAGAAGUGCGCUCUAGCACACCUCGAGACGAGGCUAGACAAGUUCUACACGGAGCUGCCGGAGUGUUUAGCGUAUGAUACGACGAGCAAGCGUUACGUGCCGCCGCCGCAUAUAUUGCAGCUGCAUAUGACGUACUGGAAUAUGGUGAUGUUGCUGCAUAGAGCUUUUAUUCCGAAGAUGCCCGCUAGUCGCGAAACGAAGCAGUGCAAGCCCCCAUCAGCAGACGCUGCAGCAUUGAAGUCGUUUGAUAUAUGCCAGGCCGCUGCGACCAAGAUUACCUCGAUCGUAUGCGUGUACCAGAAACAUUUCUCCCUGCGCCGUGGUGCUCUCAUGAUCACGCAACACAUGUUUGCUGCUGGGAUCAUGCACAUUGUUACUCUGACUCUGCGGCCCUCCAAUGUUCAAGCCUCCAUCUCAUUAUCUCAAACUCUCGCUGCCCUCAAAGAGAUGGAAGUCAUCUGGCCCAGCGCCAAACGAGCCUGGGACCUCCUCCACGGCGCAAAAAUCCACAUCGACUCAGGCCUGCUUAACUACUACACCUCCGGCCCCACCGCCGGCCCAGGCAACGGCCGUCCCGACUCGCGCAACAAACGCACAGCAGAGGACGCCUUCAGCCGCGAGAACUCGAACAUGCUGCAGCAGGACGCGUACAACGAGCUGACGAAGCGGAGCUCUCACGUCGCGAUGCCUGACAGCCCGGAGCCGACGACGACGCACACGGUCUUGGCGCAGAUGUUGGGGAUCGCGCUGCCGGGGGUCGAGCCGUCGACGAGCUAUCUGCCGGGAUAUGCGUGGUGGCCGAGACAGGGCGAGAGGAACGGUGUGAACGCGAACACGAACAACAACCAUAACGCACACGCGCACGCACACCCGAACCUGAACGGCAGUAUUGAUCUCGGCUCCGGUCAGAGCUCGCUCACGCGUUCGACGCCUUCAUUACCGCUCUCGACGCCCUCGCCCCAUUCGUCUAUCGAUACGAGUAGCCCGGCAUCGGCGGGGAUGCCUAUCCCGUUCACGUUUGAUCAGACGGGUUAUUGGAUGGGCCCGAUGAUGUCUGCGCCGGAGACGGCGUUCGGGAUGGACUUUGCGACGCAUGCGCAGGCACAUUGAGGGGAGGAGGAAGGCAUGCGUUGGGUUACUGGUUGAGAGAGGUGGGCUUGAGCUGCUUUGUGGUCCUGGAACGCGCUGCUUUGCUUAGUUGUACUGCUAGAACAUAUAUAUGGUCGGUUGCGCUCUUCCUUUUUUGCUUUUUCAUCCCGUCUCGAGUGCGUGUUGUGUUCGAUUGCUGACGUCUCAUGAUUUGAUCACUCUGUAUUAGUACUACUACGUAUACUGUCAUCUAUCGUCUUCUGUUCGUUCGACCUUGUGCUAUCUGGUUUUACCCAGCUUCCAGAAAGGGACUGCGAGUCACUAUCCGCAUACUAUGCUAGACGUGCCCUUCUUCUGUCUUUGUCUUUGGUCUCUCUUCCAUUUUUUGCUGGUGCCAUAGUCUCUCGUUCUCGAUUCCGUAGCGUCACAAUGAUGUUUGACCGUUUGAUGUUUCGUUCCCUAUGAGUUCUCAUAGUUUACCUUUCCUUCCAUCGUAUAUACUACGUACGUGCCCCGGCCAUUCACCUCGCACCCCCCUCCUUCCUGACUCACUCACACACACCGAGACACCGUCGCCGCCUCGUCCCCGUCCCCGCCACGGUCUGCCGGGUGCCCAUGCAUGUAUGUACGUACAUAUGUCAAAUUUCACAGACCCGCAUUGUAUUUCUCGUCUUCUCAUCUUCAGUGUUAUCUCGGUCCUCUAUUUCGUUUCGUUUCAUCUCGUUUCGUUAGCCAGCCUUUGCUUUUUCCCCUUCCUUCUUCGUCCGCGUUACAGGCCGAUGUAGUGUUCUGUCGUGUUCGCUUAUCAUUACUCGUACUGUACUCUAUAUAAU